UGACUUCAACAAUAAUUUUAUCUUGGAAAUAAUAAUCUUCCAAAGAAUCUUAAAAUCUAUAAAUACAUUUCCUUCUGUCUCAAGAAACAACACAAUUCAUUAGCAUUCUUAAGCAUCAACACUUACAUACAUACAGAAAAAUGGGCUUCCGUUUACCUGUUAUUCGAAGGGCAUCAUCAUUCUCAGCUAGCCAAGCAGCUUCAAAAUCUGUGGAACUCCCAAAAGGGUAUCUUGCAGUGUAUGUUGGAGAGAAUCAAAAGCGUUUUGUGAUCCCCGUAUCAUACUUGAACCAACCUUCAUUCCAAGACUUGUUGAGUCAAGCUGAAGAAGAGUUUGGAUAUGAUCAUCCCAUGGGAGGUCUCACUAUUCCUUGUAGCGAACAUGUCUUCCAAAGAAUCACUUCUGGCUUGAAUGGGCUAUAAAUCUCAGAUCAUAGAAGAUUGACAUAGAUUAGCAUAUACAUGUUGUAUACAAUAGAUUAGAAUAGAGAAUCAGAUGACAAGCUCAAAGAGUAUGUCUACUUUUGUUGUAUGAUGACAAAUUGACAAUGAAUUCGGUCACACAAUUUUUCAGUCAA